AUGACUUUCACCUCGAAGCAUCAUUUCAGGGUUGAAACGACAUGUAAUUUGAAGAAUGAAUCGAAAGGAUUCUCAGGAAAAGUUGUGAAAACAUCUACGAAGAAGAGUAUUUGUAAUAUUUUCUCAUCUCGACUUGAGGGUUUAACAUCUCAAGAAAGAAGACGAGUGAAUAAGAGAAUCAAAAAGGAAAAAAACGUUUUGUUUGCAAGCAGCUUUAAACCUUUGGCUUUAUCUGGUCGUCAAUCAUUGGAUUUUGAUAAGUCCGAACCGAAGGGUUGUUUGGAAAUAUAUUGA